GCACGCAUGUGUGCCGGUGGACUUUGAAGAGGUACACGUGAGCUCCAAUGCUGAUGAAGAGGACAUCCGCAACGCCAUCAUGGCCAUCCGUCGGAACCGUGUGGCCCUGAAGGGCAACAUCGAAACAAACCAUAACCUGCCACCAUCCCACAAAUCCCGAAACAACAUCCUUCGCACCAGCCUGGACCUCUAUGCCAAUGUCAUCCACUGUAAGAGCCUGCCAGGAGUGGUGACCCGGCACAGGGACAUAGAUAUCCUCAUUGUCCGGGAAAACACAGAGGGCGAGUACAGCAGCCUAGAACAUGAGAGUGUGGCUGGAGUGGUGGAGAGCCUGAAGAUCAUCACCAAGGCCAAGUCCCUGCGCAUUGCUGAAUAUGCCUUCAAACUGGCCCAGGAGAGUGGGCGCAAGAAAGUGACAGCCGUACACAAGGCCAACAUCAUGAAACUGGGCGACGGGCUGUUCCUCCAGUGCUGCAAGGAAGUUGCGGCCCGCUACCCCCAGAUCACCUUUGAGAAUAUGAUCGUGGACAACACCACCAUGCAGCUGGUGUCCCGGCCCCAGCAGUUCGAUGUCAUGGUGAUGCCCAAUCUCUAUGGUAACAUUGUCAACAAUGUCUGCGCGGGACUGGUCGGGGGCCCUGGCCUCGUCGCUGGGGCCAACUAUGGCCACGUGUACGCUGUGUUCGAGACGGCUACAAGGAACACGGGCAAGAGUAUCGCCAAUAAGAACAUUGCCAACCCCACAGCCACGCUGCUGGCAAGUUGCAUGAUGCUCGACCACCUCAAGCUCCAUUCCUAUGCCACGUCCAUCCGGAAGGCCGUGUUGGCGUCCAUGGACAACGAAAAUAUGCACACCCCAGACAUCGGGGGCCAAGGCACUACAUCGGAAGCCAUCCAGGACAUCAUCCGCCACAUCCGCAUCAUCAACGGCCGCGCCGUGGAGGCCUAGGCCGUCCCUGGGAGCGCCUCAGCGCACUCCCCCUGCCCACUCCCCGCACGCCGGCCAGUUUGGGUGGGCAGCCCCAGAAUAAAUCAGCUUCUGUCCCGGC